UCCGGUUUUUGUUUAUCUAUAUACUGCACCGACAUCUUACACUAAUAUACGAACAUACUCAAGCAAUAAGUAUGCAACAUGUGCGGAAUUUCGACCCGGUUCAGGAGUGUAGUUGUCAGGGACUUGAUCCACUUCACGCCAGUCGUAUGGAGUAACCUCCAUGGGAACUUGUCUGCUUGUCACAGUUGUAAAUGUUCAGUUCUAAGUAGGACACAAACUUAACCUUGACUACGAUAAUCCUAGCGGACUAUCCGCUUUUGGGACACCACGUCGACAAGAUCAUUUUACUGUAGAGCAAGUGACUUGUUCGCAUUGUGAUAUGCACGUGUAACGUCCAGGUGAACGCUUGUGAUGCAGGUCCCUCCCAAAGCAAGUUACGAGUGAGGCCGGUAAGAAGGAGGGAUACAGUACCAACUUGAAUUUAUCACCGUUCACAAAUAUUUUUAUGUCCAUGUCGUGACGGCAAUGUAUGGUUGACACAGUUUUAAGACACUUUAUAGCACGUGUUUUAUUAUACAGUUCCUACUCUUAUAUCUGUUCAACUGGACUGCAGCUGUUAAAUUUGUCUCAAAACUUUGAGACACCAGCAGAUAUAUGAACGCCACAUCCUCAGCAGCUAUUCUGGUGUUCCUGCUUUUGUGAAACAGUCAAGAUAAGUACUCACUCCAUGUGAAAGCAGUCAUGAGCAAUCUAAAAUCAAAAUGCAAUAUUUUACACACACUGUCAUCGUGUACUUGGCUUCUGAUUUUGCUGUCUCUCUUGCCAUGUGUAGUAUCCAAAUGUACGGAUACCAGUUCAGUGAAGUUUCCAUAUAGACCAAAACCUGGACUUCAGUCUCCAAAGAAACUGUGGUGGGCUAAGCCACUGACAGAGGAUCUGUUUGUGGCCGGACGACUGACAGAUAGGCAGAUAAAGUACGCAGGAGAGGCUGGCUUCAACAGUAUUGUGUCUCUCUUCACCUAUGAGGAUGAUGAGCUGGGAGAUUUUGGAGGGGAACAUGUUCCAGCAACAAAUGAGGCCAAGUUUAUUGCCGAAGACUUGGCAGGAUUGCAGUAUGUGUCACUGUUAGGGCAAAUGGAUGACUGGGCAAGUGUUGAGGCAGUGCAAAAAUUAUCUGAUGUGAUGCCAAGGCUGAAACACCCUGUGUUGCUGCAUUGUAACCGUGGUUACACCAUAACUUUUGUGACAAUGAUGUACUUAGCAAAUCUUACACGUCACGAUCCUGAAUUUAUGCCUGUUGUCACUAGUCAGCUUUUUUAUGAAACAGUAGCUAAAAUGGGACUUGAUUUUACUAUGGACUUUACUAAAGAAACUGUCGCUGAAAUAACAGGUGAAGAACUUGUUCCUAAUCCGCCACUUCCAGAUGCAUAUCCAGAGGAGUGGCUAGAUUAUUGGCCUGCUAUUCCCGUGUACAAAAAUUGGUUUAUUGCUGGACAAAUCAACAGGUACCACCUCUCUGUAUUAGAAGCAACAGGCUUUAAAUCUGUCAUCAAUAUGCGAAAAGGGUUGACCACGGAUGGAAAACCAUCGCAGGAAAUUGUGACCUUGCUGAACAUUAACGAUAAAACUGGUACAUAUGAAAAUGGUGGACGACAGCUCAAGAAAAAUUUACUCACUGCACGUAUUAAUAAAUACAAACCACCAUAUUACCUUCAUCAUAAGUCACAGGUGAAUUUUGAAACAAGAAAUCCUGAUGAGUUUGGGGACGACAUUGGAUAUAAUGAAGAUUUGGAACGACAAGCUGUAGAGAACACUACAUUAUUGUAUCAUCACAUGUCUGUAGACCCUAACGCUGAGUAUGGUGAUGAAUUGUUUGGGGAGCACAAAGAGGCCUUGAUGGAGGUGGGGAAAAUGGGGCCAGUGCUGUUACAUUGUGCAAGUGCAACAAGAGUUGCAUAUGUAGGGGUUCUGGCCGCAGCAUACCAGUAUGGCAAAGAUCUUGACUGGGCGCUAAAUAGACUGAAAGAACUGGGAAGGGAUGCUAACAAAGACAAUUUACCAGAUGUUUACUACAUGUUUAAGGCGUGGUUAAAUCCACAGAAGAAAAUAGAACUGUGACGGUGGUGUUCAUUAAUAACUGUCUCAUCGCGUCAUGAUUCAUUACAAAUAUAUAUUUAUGUUCUUAAA